CCUCUGGUUAUGCGAUCGGAGCAGUUCUCGAACAAGACGGUAAACCCAUCGGCUUCCUCAGCCAAGUCAUUGACCCUCCUGAUGUGCGCCAAUGGCCGAAAGCUUACUCGAAGUGUCCUGCUUUUCGCGUUCCCUACAAAGCCUCAGCAAACCAACCAGGAGAAGCUCUGCAAAUCGAGUUUUGUAAUCGCCAAUUUACCUUUCGCCACGUAGAGCCUUACCUGCACAUCCGCGUUCAUGGACUGUGGCACAUCUGCGUCCCACAAUUCCCUGAGUUCCUAACUCACGUUCUGCAUUCGCAUCACGAUCAUGUCACAGCCGGCCAUCGAGGCCAGAAGAAACCCUUUGCGGCUCUCAGCAAGCACCACUACUGGCCUGGAAUGCGUGCCUACACCACCGCUUAUGUUGAGUCAUGUACCCACUGUCGCGCUUCAAAGUCCAUUAACCAGAAGCCUGCAGGCCUUCUUCAACAGCUGCUUAUCCCUUCUCGUCGGUGGGCACACGUGAGCCUCGAUUUCGUCACAGAUCUUCCCCUUACAACGACAGGGCACGACUCGAUCCUUGUCAUGGUCGACUCCCUUAGCAAGAUGGCGCAUUUCGUUCCCGCAAAGAAGUCAUUCACAGCAGCAGACACCGUGGAGAUUCUCUCAGACCGUCUUGUAUCACGGUUUUCCAGAGGCGCGUUAGCUCCUACACUCACUCCUCCGAUGACUAAGCUAUUCCGGCAGCUCUGCGACAGGGCACAGAGUCACAUCUUGAAGGCAAAAUGGCAGCAGAAGUACUACGCGGACACAAAUCGUCGAGCAGUGGAGUAUGGGGUGGGAGACAAGGUCUGGCUCAGCAGCAAGCACCUACCGCCUUUCCACAGCUGCCCUAAGUUCGAGCCACGCUACCGUGGACCCUUCGAAGUCAUCGAACGCAUAGGAUCCGUCGCUUACCGUCUCGCUCUGCAUCCCACGUAUGAAUGCCAUGACGUUUUCCACGUUUCGCAGCUAGUUCCUGACCGCCCCCGCCCUCCCGCUUUGGUUUCUUCGGCAGCUGAUGCGGCCUGGCCUCCUAUCCACGAUGCAGCAGGCAAUCUCACAGCGGAAUACAAAGUCGACUAUAUUAUGGACCAACGCAGCUCAGGAGAUGCAGCCCAGUACCUCGUGAAGUGGCGCGGGGCCCCUGAAGAGCAAGCCACAUGGGAGCCAGCUCAUCACCUUACUGGCUGUCCGGCUUUGCUUCGCGCUUGGUGCCCCCGCCAACGAAGACGCCUUCAGGCUCGAAGCAACUUGGGUCCUUCCGAAGCGUAG